CUUAAAUUUCUCUAUCCCUUUUUUUGUGGGGUUUUUUUUUUCUUCCUUUAAUUCUACUUCACAAAUUAAACAAGAGUGAAUAAAUUAAAGGCACCGACAGUUUCAAGCACACAAAAUAGAUAAGUUCUUGAAAAUCAGCUGUUGUUGUAAGUAUAUAUAUAUUAUUAUUAUUAUAUAUAUAUAUGGCCACAGAUUUCUGCAGUAGAUCACAAGUCCGCAGGAAAAUAGGGAAAGAUCAAAUCUUGAAAUCUUUUAAGUGUGAUGUGUGGAUUGAAUCCUUCUUCAUCUUCCAUAGUAGAUCACCUCUUUUUUUUGUGAAAGGGCAGCUGUAAAAAACAAAAUUAGGGCAAAGUUUGACCUUUUUAUAUAUAUUUGCAUUUAAAAAAAAUUAAGUGUAUUUAUUUGGUGCCAAUUCAUUUGUGUGUGAAGGUGGGGUUUAUUUAAUUGAGCUGCUUUUUUAUGGGCUUGUAAGAAUUGGGGUUUCAUAGUUAAGUUUUGUCCGGUUGCUUUGCUCUGUUCUCUGUGGAGGGAAUAUUCUUCGAUUCGUCGGAUAAUUUUGCGAAUGAUCCAAAAAAUGCCUUGCAUGGAUUUCUUCACGGAAUACGGCGAAUCGAAUCUGUACGAAAUCCAAGAGGUUGUAGGCAAGGGUAGUUACGGUACCGUGGCUUCCGCAGUGGACACCCACACGGGAGAAAAAGUGGCUAUAAAGAAAAUAAAAGAUAUUUUCGAGCACGUUUCCGAAGCCACACGCAUUCUUAGAGAGAUAAAGCUCCUUCGAUUACUUCCACACCCCGACAUUGUGAAGAUAAAGCAUAUCAUGCUGCCUCCUUGUCGCAGAGAAUUCAAGGAUAUAUACGUCGUGUUUGAGUUGAUGGAGACGGAUCUCCACCAUGUGAUUAAUACGAAUGACGAUCUUACCCCUGGCCAUCAUCAAUUCUUUUUGUAUCAGUUGCUUCGUGCUUUGAAGUAUAUUCAUUCAGCGAAUGUUUUCCAUCGGGAUUUGAAACCGAGAAACAUACUUGCUAAUGCAGAUUGCAAGCUGAAGAUUUGCGAUUUCGGGCUUGCUCGUGCGUCAUUCGGUGAUGCCCCGUCUGCUGUUUUUUGGACUGAUUACGUUGCUACGCGGUGGUAUCGCGCGCCUGAACUUUGUGGUUCCUUUUUCUCUAGAUAUACCCCAGCUAUUGAUAUAUGGAGCAUAGGAUGCAUAUUUGCAGAAAUGAUUACCGGCAAACCGUUAUUCCCCGGUAAAAACGUCGUCGACCAAUUGGAACUCAUCACCGAUCUUCUCGGUACACCUUCCGCCGAAGCCAUUUCUAGGAUUCGGAAUGAAAAGGCGCGAAGAUAUUUAAGUAGCAUGAGAAAAAAGCCACGCCUACCUUUCUCACAUAGGUUCCCGAAUAUCGAUCCGAAGGCUCUCCGUUUACUCGAGCGUUUGAUCGCAUUCGAUCCAAAAGAUCGUCCAUCCGCUGAACAAGCACUAGCGGAUCCGUAUUUUUACGGGCUGGCGAAUAUAGAAGACGAGCCUUCAACUCAUCAUAUAUCGAAGUUCGAGUUCGAUUUCGAGAGGAAGACACUAACAAAGCACGAAAUUAGGGAGCUGAUUUACAGAGAGAUCUUGGAGUAUCAUCCACAGAUGCUCCAGGAGUACCUCCGUGGCGUGGACCAGAUUCACUUUAUGUACCCAAGCGGAGUUGACCAAUUUAAGCAGCAAUUUUUCUGCCUCGAGGGCUUGCCUGGUAACGAACACAGACCUCCAAUGCGAAGGCGUUACGCCUCCUUGCCUAGGGAACGUGUAUGUGGGCUAAUAGAUGAGGAUCCGGACAAAAAUAGUGAUUCUAAAAGCCGACGUGGAGUUGCUAUCCCACGGCCUCGACUACAGAGCCCGAAAAAGUCUUCGUCGGACAUCAAAGGGCAAGAAAGUAAUUCUAACAAAACUGCAAAAGCUAGGCAAAAGGAUAAUAGUGGGAAAGCGUGCUAUAGUGCACGGUGCUUAUUAAGAAGCGAUAGUAUCAGUGCAUCCAGGUGUGUUGGUGUACAAGGAUCAGACUACGUGUGAGAAUCAAUUUGAGGUAUCUGAUGAUGAGUGGACUUGGUCAGCUUUGUAUGCUAAAGAUUCUUGAUUUGUUGAAAUUGUGUAUUGCUGAAUUUAUGGUGUGGUAUUUAUAACAUUUGUGUAAACAUUAGACAAUUGAAUGGUUGAGAGGAGUACUCAUUUGAUUCAAUGUACAUACUAUUCAUUUAUUUUUAAAUGAAUAUUUGAAUUGCCUACUUGUAAAUAUUCUGUAGUUCCAAUGUUUUCGUUAUCAAUGUAUUCAGAAUUGAAUGUUUCCCUAUUA